AAUUUGUCAGUGCAGGUUGCAUAAAGAAGCUACGCUUUUAAAUACUUAUUUCUCAAUACAUAUAUUAUUUUGUUUGUCUUUUCAAAGCAUAUACUGCACUAGAAACUGUCGGGCUGUCGAGAUAUACAGUGAUUCAUUCUCAUGGCAUUUGCGGUUGUCAAUAAACACUUACGCAGAGUUACCUCCCCUAACUCUUUCAUCGCGUGAUGGACAUGCCCGUGUGUGACUACCACCACCAGUAUUCGAUGAUACAUAAUGGCAAAGAAGCCGUGUAUUGAGGUCUGCGGAGUUUACUUACCUUCAGGGUGCUCGUAGAUAGCUUUGAAUAACAUCUCUAAAGCAAGAAUAUUGUGUAUGUGAGCUCGGAAGCUACACUGACACCAAGACAUUGAAAGUUCCCUUCAGUACGCACUGCCUGUUUCAAUAUGGACGCAUUUUUGAGGGCCGUUCGAAAGAGCCCGACAGUCUCAGGCAAAUCAAGACAUAAAAAGCUUGGCGAAGGAUGGGGAGAGUCGGAGAACAAUGAGGUUGUGGAUCAGGGUGUGACGUUCUACAUGAAGUACCUGGGCUCUAUACUAGUGGAGGAACUGCCUGAUGAUGAGAGCUACGGAGAUGGCAUCAGUUCACGGGCUGUCCAAACUAUUGUUGCUAUGGCUAAGAGUGCUGGCAAGAAGCUGAAGAAAGUGUCUCUAACUGUCUCCCCUACAGGGAUCCGAAUGACCGACCUACUGACCAAAGAGGUCUCCAUUGACAUGUCUAUAUACAGAAUCUCCUUCUGCACAGCUGACAAAAACCAUGAGAAGGUGUUUGCUUUCAUCGCCAGGAACUCCAUCAAUGAGACAAUGGAAUGCCAUGCUUAUUUCUGCGCCAAAAGGAAAUUGGCACAGGCGGUCACUCUGACAGUGUCGCAGGCCUUCGGUCUGGCCCAGGAUAAGUGGGAGAACAAGCAGAAUACGAAGACCCAGAAGGAUAUAGCCAACCACCAGAAGAUAACGAAACAGGAUAAUUUUACGAGGAGUCACGAUGUCAUAAAGCCGCUGGCAGGUCACACCGGGUCAACAGCUGCAAACUACGACCCUUUCCUAGCGAUCCCCGGCCCACCCCAGGUCCAGACACCAGGCAAUACCAACAAGCGACAGUGGCAAGAAUUUGGUGAUAGAGAGGAAGACUUGGAGGAUGAUUUCUCCAGACUUGCCCAGAACAGAGGUCGACGCCUGCAUUCUUUCAGCACCGACCUCUGCAAGGAAGAUGUAGAUGAGAGCGUCCAGCAGUAUAUGGACGGACAGAGGUGCUUCGAAGAAUUCUCACGACAAAAAUCUAUUGAAGAUUUGCUGAAUUUAUGACAAGGACGGGGACCGUAGUUAGUUUGAGUCAGUUUUUGCAGUUUUUUAAAUUGUGACAAAUCUUUACUAAAUCACAUUUAAAUGACUUUUCCUGUUAGUCUUUCCUGUACAUAAUAUCAAGUUCACAAGUAAUUGUCAGAAAUUUAAAUCCAUCUCUGGCUGUCAUUUGUAAGAGACACAUGGAAGUGGACAUGCAGGAUGUCCUUGUCUAAAGUGUUUGUACUUAAGUUGCCAUAGCAACAGCUGUCUAGAUGUUUAAUUGACAUCCUGUUUUUUGACAGAAGGAUACACACAGUGGCAACAGGCAUUUACAAUGGGGUCUAGAGUGUGUGUUUAUAUAUAAUGUUUCACUUAUGAUGUCGGUUGGUGACAGCUUGGCAGUUGUAUCCUUUCAAGGUGCAAGAAAUUCUCUGUAUUCAGAAACCUACACUUCCCUUAAGGUCAGAUUUCCCGAGAGUAUAAUACAGGAACGACAAUGGUAGUUCGAUGACAUCACUGCAGUCCGAGAGUUUCAAAGCAAAUCUCUACAUGUGUCUAUGUAAGUUGACUGAUUUUCAUUAGAACUGUGCGGGGUGGUGGGGUAGCCAAGUGGUUUAAGCAUUCACUCAUCACAUCCAAGACCCGGGUUUGAUUCCCAACAUGGGUACAAUGUGUGAAGCCCAUUUCUGGUGUCCCCUGCCGUGAUAUUGCUGGCAUAUUGCUAAAAGCGCAGUAAAACCAAACUCACAUAUUCGAAACUGCUGACCAGUCCUAUAUUAAACAUAGUGUUGUAAGACCAUUUUGUUUUCAACAAUAACAAUGUAUUUUUCUAUUCAGAAGUAACAAAUUAUUGUAAUAAUGAAAACAUCAGAGGAUUUGGAAUUUUCAUGUGGGUUUGGAAAGGCUGAUGUGCUUGUCAGAUAAUACACUGGUAUUGCCAUGUGUCAUUUUAGACUUCCUACCCUGUACGAUCAGACAAUCUGAAAACCAUUAAGAAUUGAAAAAAUGUUUAUCACUGUCCUGCAUAUUUCAAUCAUACCAUAUUUCAUGGCGAUAGAAAAUCCCAUAGGUAUGAGUUCUGUCAGUGUUGGAAUUGUCUGGAUGGCAGAUGUUGCAUUUUUAAGCUCACCCAUAUUUUGUCAAAUCUCCAAUGACGUCCAACUACCUACUACUGCUUUCAGUAGGAUAAGUUACCUUGUUUUCUGUGUAGACAUUCAGCCUCCCAUUCUGUAGGUUCAAAUCCCAGACCCAGGAGAUUAGGAUCCUUGGUUACCACAAUAUUGGGUUUGUUGGUUCCAGCAGAAUGGUAAGCAGAAUGGUAAACAACCAUGUACGGGCUGUUUACCAAACAACCUAAGGUUGUACCAAACAACCUUAGCGCUAAGACUACCUUAAGUCUAUGUUAAGGUAUAGGACUUAUGGUCACCUUAGAGCUAAGUUCGCUUUGUACAACAGCACCCUUGUUUCUCACCCACAUGUAGCAGACAUGCCUUGAAAUAUUGCUCGAAAUUCAACUCUUUCACUAACUUUCAGAGACAAGUUAACUAAAUGUCGACUCAUGUAACAGAGGGAUGAGUGAAUGCAUGAAUGUAUGCAGCUUCAUACAUGGUGGACACCCAUAGUAGCCUUUGCAUAUUCUGUCUAUUAAGGAAUCAAAUUUUGGCGAUAGUAGCGUUGAAGCAGAGCUGUAACUACUUCAUUACAACACCUCCCAUGAACCAGUAGGAAAGGGUUUUAGUUCACUGAAAAAAACCCACCAUUUCCAAAGCUUCUCACAGGCAUUCAUUUAAGGGCAGGGGCAGUGGGGUAGCCUAGUGGUUAAAGCUUUUGCUCGUUGUCCUGAAGACCUGGAUUCAGUUCCCCAUGGAUACUGUGUGUGAAGCCCAUUUUUGAUGCCCCCUGCUGUGAUACUGCUGGAAUAUUGCUAAAGGCAGAGUAAAACUAAAUUCACUUAUUUAAGGGUAGAUCUGUUUAAUAUUACUAAAGUUACAUGCUUUAAUGAAGGGACAAUACUGAAUAGGAGAUGACAGUUUUCUUCAACAUGUUCAAUUUACACCUUUGCAUUUUUAACUGAAGUCACUCGUGUUUGUACAGUCAUAUAUUCGAAGUGUAUAUUUUGAGUUGAUUUCAUGACCUCUUGCAUGUUUCAAGCAUAUUUUGUCAAUUGAGAAUUAACCAUACAAGUCUUUAUUAUGUUAUUUAUUUCAUCACUGUCCACAUACUGAUUCUGCAUGUAAUUAUAGAAUAGGGCAGCCUUGUUAUUUAAUUAGAAUUUGCAUGCAAUUUAUUGGAUUGCACGUUUGACAUAUUACAUUUAUAACGUUCUUCGUGGAGUGCUUGGCAGGUUGAUCUUGUCAGAAUCAGCUUUAGUAAGUACUGUUCAUAAUUAUUUGGUUUAUUGUUUAUUGUUAAAAUUCAGUCUUGAUGAAUUCAAAUUGUUUCUUUCAAUGUCAUACCUCACUGCAUGAUCAUCUCACUAACUGACUCAGCAAGUCGCUUCACAUGACAUUUCUUAUCAGCCAAUCUGCAUCAAGGCUCCAUGAUCCUUGGUAUGAGUUAGCAUAGCGCUCUUAUCAGAAUUUGAUACACUCGUUGUCUCUGAGCACCAAGCACCGCUGUAUACUACAAUAAUCAAGUUUUUGGGGAAUAUUUGUGUUGUGUGUGGAUUUUAAUUUUAUUUUAAAGGUAUGCAUUAGGAUAGUGACAUCUUAAAGAGUAAUGUUGGUUUUAUGUCUGAUACAGCUGUGUCUAAUACAACUGUAAAUAUCUGAUACAGCUAUGGAUGUCUAAUACAGUUGUAAAUCUUGAAUACAGUUGGGUCUGAUACAGCUGUAAAUGUGGGAUACAGCUUCGGUUGCAUUUCGUUAUCUGUAAUAUUCCCAUCCUCGAUAAUCUCCAGGGUAUAUGUUACGAUAAAUCUCCACUAUACCCUGGAUGCAUCUAAGGCUCGACCUGAUGAUUUUAUUACCUCCCUUGGCUGGCUUUUUAUCCAAUCAGGUGUCUAAGCUGGAAAGU